AUGCGCUCCUUCGUCGCCCUCACCCUCGCUGCUGCAGCCGUUGUCCAGGCUAUCCAGAUCACUGCUCCCUCCAACAGCUCUGGCUGGUCUACCAGCGGCGCUCAGGAGAUCAAGUGGAAUUCUGUCAGUACCGACCCCAGUAACUUUACCAUCACCAUCUCCCUUCCCGAGUCUUCCGACCGCUCGGACAUCACCAAGGAGAACAUCCAGACCUCUGAGGGUUCUUGGCAGUACACCCCCGACUCUGCGCUCGAGGCUGGCGACGGCUACAGGGUCAGCUUUGUGUACGACGGCGCCAUCUUGGCCCAGAGCGAGCAGUUCAGCGUGACCGACGGGACUUCCUCUCUCUCCGCCACUUCCUCCUCUUCUUCUUCUUCCACCAGUGCCAGCGGUACCACCACCGUCUCUGAGACUGGCUCGACCACCGCUAGUUCCUCCGCCUCUGCCACCGCGUCCGACUCUGCUGCCGACCGAGUCACUGUCGGCGGUGGUCUUUUGAUGCUUGCUGGCGCUUUUGCCAUGCUCAUUUGA